GGCCGCUGGACAGUCCAGUCCUUGGGGCUCUCUUUUUCACAGUCUUUUUCUCCUUCUGCUCGGAACUCUGCACGGACGCUUCCGGGUCAUGCGGCAAAGAUACCAAGAGUCAUGUGAUGCCAAGAUGGCGGCGCCGCGGUAGCUGGCUCCAGGUUGUGGCGUCCUAGGAUCCGCGACGGUUUCUGCCCUUGGGGCCGUGGGGGCGGGAACGCUUAGCUGACCCCUGCGGCGGCCCGUAGCUUUGCUGUAGACAUCGGUUCAGGGCGGGGGCUGUUGCUUUCGCGGUGGGUUUGGAGAAGUGCAAGUGACCUCGCUGGAGGUUCCUUGUGCCGCCGCGCUUGCCCAAGGAAGCGGAGGAAGGAGAGCAGCCAGCCACCCGGGUCUUCUGGGCCUCCGGCCUUGGAGUUCAUGAGACCUCCGGAGGAGCUACACCUCUGAGAGGGCCGCAGGAGUUCGAGUCCUCGGGUGUGUGAGAAGCAGUUUAGGACCUCGGGGGGCGCAAAGGGGGCCGUCAGGACUUCGUUUCCUUCUCUAGAGGGCUGUCUUCCCCGCGUCUGAUAACGCCGUCUUCUUUCCCACUUCUUCUCAAUGUUUUCUCCAUAUAUCUGGAAAUAUGAUCAGCGCCCCUGACGUAGUGGCCUUCACCAAAGAGGACGAGUACGAGGAAGAGCCUAACAAUGAGCCGGCCUUGCCCGAGGAGUAUUCCGUGCCGCUCUUUCCCUUUGCCAGCCAGGGUGCCAACCCAUGGUCCAAACUGUCUGGGGCCAAAUUCUCCAGGGACUUCAUUCUUAUUUCCGAAUUCUCCGAGCAGGUGGGACCCCAACCCUUACUGACCAUCCCCAAUGACACCAAAGUUUUUGGCACUUUUGAUCUCAAUUACUUCUCUCUGCGUAUCAUGUCUGUGGAUUAUCAGGCUUCCUUCGUGGGCCAUCCUCCUGGUUCUGCAUACCCGAAGCUGAACUUCGUGGAGGACUCCAAGGUGGUGCUGGGAGACUCCAAGGAGGGAGCCUUUGCAUACGUGCACCACCUUACUUUGUACGACCUGGAAGCCCGUGGCUUCGUGAGGCCCUUUUGCAUGGCUUAUAUCUCCGCGGACCAGCAUAAAAUCAUGCAGCAGUUCCAGGAGCUUUCGGCUGAAUUUUCCAAAGCUUCUGAGUGCUUGAAGACUGGCAACAGGAAGGCAUUUGCUGGGGAACUUGAAAAAAAGCUGAAAGACCUGGAUUACACCAGGACAGUGCUGCACACAGAAACAGAGAUCCAGAAGAAAGCCAACGACAAAGGCUUUUACUCAUCUCAGGCAAUUGAGAAAGCCAAUGAACUGGCCAGUGUGGAGAAGUCCAUUAUUGAACAUCAAGACCUGCUGAAGCAGAUCCGCUCAUAUCCUCAUCGGAAGUUGAAGGGGUCUGAUUUGUGUUCUCGUGAGGUAGUGCACACCCAGGAUCAGGCUGACCAGGCAUCCACUACCUCUAACCCUGAUGAAUCUGCUAACACAGACCUUUACACCUGCAGACCAGCCUACACGCCAAAACUCAUCAAAGCAAAGUCCACCAAGUGUUUUGACAAGAAGUUGAAGACCUUGGAGGAGCUCUGUGACACUGAGUAUUUCACCCAGACCCUGGCUCAGCUCAGUCACAUCGAGCACAUGUUCAGAGGAGACCUGUGCUACCUCCUGACCAGUCAGAUUGACAGAGCACUUCUAAAACAACAGCACAUUACAAACUUCCUCUUUGAAGACUUUGUGGAGGUUGAUGACAGGAUGGUGGAGAAACGAGAGAGCAUACCCUCUAAGCCCAGUCAAGACAGGCCGCUUUCCAUGUCUCCUGAAGAAUGCCCAAUUCCUAAAGUGUUAAUUAGUGUUGGUUCUUACAAGUCCAGUGUGGAGUCUGUGCUGAUUAAGAUGGAGCAGGAACUUGGGGAUGAGGAGUACAAGGAAGUGGAAGUGACAGAAUUGAGCAGUUGUGACCCCCAGGAAAAUGUGGACUACCUGGAUAUGGAUAUGAAAGGGAGUAUCAGCAGCGGUGAAAGCAUCGAGGUUCUGGGCACGGAGAAAUCCACCUCUGUGCUGUCUAAGUCCGACAGCCAGGCCAGCCUCACAGUACCAUUGAGCCCCCAGGUAGUCCGGAGCAAAGCAGUCAGCCACAGGACCAUCAGCGAGGACAGUAUUGAAGUCCUCAGCACCUGCCCCUCGGAGGCCCUCAUCCCUGAUGACUUUAAGGCCAGCUACCCAAGUGCCAUUAACGAAGAAUCAUAUGCAGAUGAUAAUGAGGGGGUCAUCAACUUCCGGGCAAACAUCAGUCCUCCAGAGCUGGGUGAGGCAGAGGAAGGCAGCUUAGAAAACACCCCAUCACAAAUAGACUCCUCCUGCUGUAUUGGGAAGGAGAGUGAUGGUCAGCUGGUGCCUCUCUCUACUCCAGCCCACGCACUCUCUGAUGAGGAUGGAGUGGUAAGCAUUCCCCCACAGCGCCACAGGCAGAAGGACCAGGGGUUCCAUGUGGACUUUUCAGUGGAAAACACCAGCCCUUCUUCCCGAGACAACAGUUGCGAGGGGUUCCCUGCUUAUGAACUGGACCCAAGCCAUCUGCUGGCUAGCCGGGAUGUCAGCAAGACUAGCCUGGACAACUACUCAGACACCACCAGCCACAUGAGCAGUGUAGCCUCCACCAGCUCGGACAGGAUCCCCUCCUCUGCCCAUCCUGCUGGCCUGUCUUCUGAAAGGCAUAAAAAGAGGGCUGGCCAGAACGCCUUAAGAUUCAUCCGCCAGUACCCCUUUGCCCACCCAGCCAUCUACUCCCUGCUCAGUGGGAGGACACUUGUGGUCCUGGGAGAAGACGAGGCCAUAGUCAGGAAGCUCGUGACGGCGCUGUCCAUCUUUGUCCCUAACUACGGCUGCUACGCCAAGCCCGUGAAGCACUGGGCCUCCCCACCUUUGCACAUUAUGGAUUUUCAGAAGUGGAAGCUUAUUGGCCUACAGAGAGUGGCCUCCCCCGCUGGUGCCGGCACCCUCCACGCCUUGAGCCGCUACAGCCGCUACACUAGCAUCCUGGACCUGGACAACAAGACCCUGCGCUGCCCGCUCUACAGAGGCACCCUGGUGCCCCGCCUGGCCGACCACCGCACCCAGAUCAAGCGGGGCAGCACCUACUACCUGCACGUCCAGAGCAUGUUCACCCAGCUCUGCUCCAAGGCCUUCCUCUAUACCUUCUGCCACCACCUGCACCUGCCCACCCAUGACAAGGAGACUGAGCAGUUGCUGGCCAGCCGCCAGGCAAGCUUCCUGAAGCUGAACCUGGGUCUGGUGAAUGAGGACGUCAGGGUGGUCCAGUACCUGGCCGAGCUGCUGAAGCUGCACUACGUGCAGGAGUCUCCCGGGACCAGGCACCCCAUGCUCAGGUGUGACUACGUCCCCAGCUUUUUGUACAAAAUCUGAGGUUGGUCCCAGCCACUGUGACCAAGACCUGUGACUCAGGGUAUGGGGAGGGGUGGGGUUGGCAUGACCAAACAGUUGCUUGAGCUGGGCUGUUGAGGUUUCUGGUGUCUGGCAGCUGUGGUUCCAGAGUGGCUCCAGGCGGAGGUGGCAGCCUGGCUCCCUGUGAAGGCAUCUGGAAAGACAGUGACAGCUGCUCUCAACUCCCUUGUGAAGGUUGGCCCCUGGAUGGGGGCAGGGGGGUUGUCUUGGCUUCCUGAGGACUGGCAGCCAGGGAGGGCAGAAGAGAAGCUACCAGUCCCUCAGUGGGGUGAGGGAGGGUGCAGGGCGGGUGGGAAGGCCAAAGCCUGCAUGGGAGGAGCACCCUGGCCACAUUGAGCAUCAGCAGACACUUGAGUGGCAAAAUCAGCAAGGGAGGCAGCCGGUUAACCAUGAUGAUUUGGUGGAAGAGAGAGGACAUGACAUCCAUCGCUGCAUUCACACCCCAGCCGCAGCCCUUUAUUGGUCUCCUAAAGCCCAUCGUCCCAGGGGAGGCCCCUGCGCAAGCAGAUGGAGGGGAGAAAGCCCCGCGCCCACCGGGUAGUGGAAAAUGCAUGAUCUUCUGGGCCCAUGGGCCCCAGGGCACAAGAGCGUGAGCAGCACCCUGUCCCGCCCUCACCUCUACACCUGGGAGAGACAUGACUGUGAGUGGGCGUGGGGACUUACACGGUCAGCAAGAAUGAGAGGUCACUAGUCCCAGUGUGAAGUGGGCACAGAUGACCAAAGCCAGUGGUGAGGCCCACCCUAGGGGCUAGAGAGCACAGCAGACAGGGCAGGGCCCCUGUGCCAUGAGGCCAUCACCGCUGUGCAAGAGAGGAACAGCCAGCAGCUCCCCUGGGCCACCACCGGCUCCUGCUGACCAGAAUGCGUGAGCACUUCCCCUCGUGGGAAGGUCUGCAGACCCACUGGACUAUGGCAGAGGCCACACUGCAGCCCUCACCCAGGCAACCUUUGCAACCACUUCACUACCUCUCACAGGGUCUCUUGGGCACAGUGACAGCGCAGUUGUGUCCAGCCAGCUGGUGUGGGCGGUCAGGCCAGCUGGUGAGAACUCAGAUGGCAGGGAUUUCCUGGACAAGCUCUUGCUUGGCACUCACCAGGAUCUACCUUUGGGAGGCUGUGUGCACCUCGGUCCCCAAGUGAGUCUGCCCUUCGAGAAAGGAGUUUGCGAUGAAAGGAGAGGCCCCUGGUUCCCCCAGCACCUGCCCCACUGACGGUGAGCCCCAGACUCCCUCAGGCUCCUUACACAGUUGCUGCCGGUAUAUAGAUGGAGGGUUUCCUACAACCUUAACAAUUUGACUCCUUUAUUUCUAAGCUGUAUUUUCCCCCUAAGUGGGGACAGCUUUGGGUAUUACUGCUGCUUUUUAAUUUGUUCUAUGAAAAUUGUGCUGAAAUGGACCCAAAUCAGCUACCUGUGCAUCUGCUGGGGCCUGCUGCCAAGGCCUGGUCUGCCCACAUGCAGGAAGGUCUGUCUUGGAGGCAGCCAGCUUCUCUCCUUGUCAAGGAGGCGGAAGCCCUUGGUGGAAGCCGAGAGUGACAAAAGAGGGCUUGUGUCACAUCACUCCUAUAGUCCCUUCCUUGCCCCCAUUCUUGGCACAAGGACACAGUCCAUUGGCUCUGGCCAUCAGCUUCCAGUCAGGGUCCCUGCUCCUGUCAGGGUGUGUGAUUUUGCUCCUGAGGCUGUGACCGAGAACCUUUGUGGCAAAUGGCACUGCCUACAUCUCAUCGGUUCUCUUUGUACCUGUUCCUGUGGCACAUGUUCACAGGGGAGUUGCUAGGAACACCUUGGCAGCUUUUAAACGUGAAACGUCCGCUGUCUGCACAAGAGGCAGGAUGUGCAGGAAGCCUGCCUCUCUUCAUGGGCUCCCUCAUGUUACCACCCCCUCCCUGCGUGUUCUAGAUGCUGCUUCUGUUUUCUCACUGGCUAGCUAACUGCUGUCUACUUACGCCUCCAAGGACAUGACCACGGGACAUUUUAUCUCGAAGGGAAGGAAGGCCAGAAAGAGAUCAUUGGUGCCAGUGCUGUUGAGUUCCCACGUAUCUCACUGACUCAGACUCACAGCUAACACUGUUCUCACCUCGGAAAUUUGCGUAAAGCAGAAGCGGGUUUAUGGCCUUCUAGAAGCUAAAGCUGUGCACUCAGUGGUCCUAAGGAGAAGUCCACUUGGGAGUAUUUGCUUGGCAUUUGGCCUCAAGGAUGGUCCUGAGCACCAAGGCAAGAGAGCAGUGGGGAGUGAACAGAACAGACUUCUGUGGGGCAGCCACAGAAAUGGCAAACCUGGCAGGUGUCCCUUGAGAUGGGUCCUCAUUAAGUAAAGAUGGUUUCACCGACUAGUGUUUGAUCUCCAGGAUUUAGACUUUGGUUGAAAGCUAACUUUUCAUUGUGGCACUUUAAAAGGAUUGCUUGAUGCAAAGUAUGUUUCCUUUCAAAGAUCUUAAAGUACGAGGACCGAGUCAUAACUUGGGCAGAGGCAGUUAACCGUGAAGCUCCCCACCCCCCAGCCCCCGUCCACUCUGGGGAACUCAAACCUACUAGAAUUCUCACAUCUAUAAACCUGAGUGUUGGGGGAACAUAUGCCAUGGGACAAGUCUCUUCAAGAAUUUUCACUUGAGGUACUCUUCUAGUAAAUGGUUAAUAUGUUUUAAUGAAAACCUUUAAAAACUACACUUCCCAGAAAAUAGAUGACAUCAGUACCCCUUCUUGCUGCUUCAGUCCUGCUGCAUUGAGGGCCCAAGUACUGAAACUGGUUGUCUGAGGUUUGUGUCGACUUUCCCAACAGCCCACCACCCCACCCCUUUCUGAAGCUGUCUAGGUGAAGAACCACCUGGGCAGGUGUGCAUGGGUGAUUUUCAGGUGCUCCACUUUAGAGAUCAGGCUGCAGCCCUUUGUAGCGUGGGGCACACCAGCCUGAGCUGCUGCCUCACACCUGUUUCCCUAGGAACUUCACUCCUUUGGUGGAACCUUUGGAUUUUAGAAAUUGUGACUUUUCCAUGAUUUAUUCCAACAACUGAAGUUACACACAUUGCUCCAGAAUUUGGAACUAGACCUCAGUAGCUUACCUGUCAUACCCUAUCUAGCCUUUAAAUUCGUUGCUUCAGAUCAGUUGCUGUAUUCAAAGUAUAGUAGAUUUCAACUCUAUACAAGUAAGUCCCAUUUCAAAACCCUAGGAAGGCCAGUUGAUGCCACCCCAAGUGCCAGGGCUGCGGUUGAGCCACGUGGUUCUGGAGGCUGAGCAGCUGUCUGCUCACUGACCAUCUUGCAUGCAUCCUGCCUGCCCACGCCGCAGUGCUGAACACACGCCCCAGGCCCAGCAUCGCAUGUGGGGUCAGCAUCUCCUGCUGCUCUGUCACAUCUGCGCCUACAUAGCUGGUAGCACUGUGUGUGUGGGGUGGGGGAGAGUGACCAGUAGGUGUGCAAGGCCUUUGGAGGAACUGAGCCCUCAGGGCAGGCAGUCAGAUUUUUCCCGGCCUCCUUUACCUCCCACCUCCCUGAAAAGCUCAGAAGAAAGUGCCUUGGUUUGUACUUUGAAGCAAACCAGCCAGCUUCCUGGCUUUGCCCCAAUACUGUGAUAGAAAGUGAUAACGCAAUCUUUAAAAGAGAUGAUAAAAGGAAAAAGCUUCAAAUUUCUUUUGGCUGGAAAGCAAAACCAAUCUCAGCUGAUAAGGUUGAGCAAACUGAGUUUUCCUGAGCCCAUCUGUUCUCCAGCACCGCCUGAUCUGCCCUUACUGGCUACGGUUUGGGUACAGCUGUGGGAAGGAAGGAGGCGGCAGGUGGAUGGGUGUAGGGAGGGGACAAGACCGCAGCAGAUUGACCUGCAGUGUUGGCCCCACUUCCUGGCAGUGUCUGCUCAGCCCCAAAGUGGAGGCUGCACACAGUGGGUCUUGGAGAUAUCAGUUUGCCUUCCGCUGGGGAGGAGUGAAGCCUCAGAAUUUAAGACUGCUUUGGCAGCCUAUCAACUCCCAGUUUGAAGGCAGAGAUGCAGGGACUGGUUGGUCACCUAGACCCCGCAGAUUCUGCAGCACCUGUCUCCACUAUGGGGUAAAUGCCAGCAGGCUGGACCCCAAGUUGCAGGGGCUGCUACUUGAAAGGUGAGACCACAGGGUGCCCCACCCAGGCUGUCCAACACUGGAUGGUUGGAGUCACAGAUUGGAUUGAGAUAAAUGCCACCCUCAAGGUUGCAGUGAAAAGCAUAGUCUGUGGUGAAUUCGUAUUUGUUAUUUUUAAAAGAGCUAUUUUAUUACUGCAUGUUCCUGUUCCUGUCUGUGGAUGUGAGUCCAAGCCACCAUGUGAGCUGUAGUCGCAGUGGCUGGUGCAGGAGUGUGACUGACACAUAUGUGAUAGUAUCUCGUAGGUGUUGCUGCACAAGUUUAUCCAGAGUCAAUGCCAAACAGAUAAUAGUAUGAGAUGUGUACUUUUUAAGAAAUUAAUUUAUUUGAGUUCAGAUAUUUUUGGAAUAUAAAAAUUGGUUGUAUUUUUUAAAGCUAUAAUUCUUGUAGACAUUCUGUGGUUAAGAAUUUAAUUGUGCUUAUUAAAAAUGGUCACCUAUGUUUUGCACUUCAGCUAUGUGAAAAAUAAAGUUUCUUUGGGAAGGU